UUACAGUACUUCAUCAUACACUAAUGACAGAUGCAGAAAAACUACAAUUCCCUACGUAAUAUUUCACAUCUUCUUCCUGUUUCCUGCUGACUGGUUGGUUGCCUUGGUGACAGGACGCGGUGCGUUGAUAAAAAUGGAUGGUGAUAGAGAAGAGGAUCAGAAUUUUGAAGAAGAGGAGGAAAAUGAGCAGGAGGAGGAAAUUGAGCAGGAGGACGAAAAUGAGCAGGAAGAGGAAAAUGAGCAGGAUGAAGAUGAGUAUCCUCUAAGUGAGGAGCAGGAAAACAAUGAGUUUACAUCUGAUGAGGUGAGAGAUGUGCUUUAUUUAUUAAGCACAGGAUUCCCUGAGUCUUAUAAAACUAAUUCUCACAAGGAGGAAAUGCUUCUGACUUUAACUGAGAACUUCUGGCGUCAGUACACACACCUGUACCCUGAUCGCAGACAUCUCUUUAUGAGUCCACAAAACGAGUGUGGUGUGCAGAAAUUUGUCUGCACUACACUGCGACCCACACUUCUUCCCUACCCAGAGUUGUAUCAUUGGGACCAAUGUGCCCAGUUUGUGGCAGAGUAUCUGAGUAUGAAGCCAUUGCACCCUCCACUAAAUCUGCCCGCCGUCCUCUACUCCUCUAGUACUAUUCUGAACCUGCAGAAGGGGAAUUGUUUUGACUUCAGUAUACUACUGUGUUCUUUGCUACUGGGUGCUGGCUAUGAUGCUUACUGUGUUAGUGGCUACGCCACUCGGGAAAUGUGUCUAGUGGAUGAGACUCGAGAAGUUUGCCCCUUGCUCACUGGAACGGAGGAGAAUUCUUUGGAGCCCUCUCCCAAGACCACAAAGAAGUACAGUGUAAAGCCUCCACGACAGCUGAUCAGUACUUUUGAGCAGCAGCAGAAAGAAAAGCAAGAAGCCAAGUUCCAGGCAGCUCUUCACAAGGAGCGUGAGGAGAAAGAGCAGAUUCUGGCCGAAGCUGAAAAGCCUGGCCCAGAUCCCCUGUAUGGCCUUCGUGUACACUGCUGGGUGCUGGUCCUUUCUGGGAAACGAGAGGUGCCAGAGAACUUUUUCAUUGAUGCCCUUACUGGAAAGAGCUAUGGGACCAAAAACGACCAUUUCCUGGGCAUUGAGAGUUUGUGGAAUCAUAAGAACUACUGGGUCAACAUGCAGGACUGCCGCAAUGCCUGCAAGGACCUUAGCUUUGACCUGGGAGACCCUGUGUGUUGGGAGUUCAUGCUACUAGACAACUCAAAGCCCCUGCUUCUCAUUCCUGACAUGGAAGAGGAAGAAGAAGAAGAAACAAAUGAAGGGGUGGAUCAAGGCAGUGAAAAGAUUUUCCAUAUGCCGCCAUCCUGGGUUCUGCCCAUUCUGGUAACACAGAAAGAGUUUGAGACCCGAUGUCCAGAGGGUAAGAAAGUGAAACAAUAUAGGAAGGCAAAGAUGGAGAAGUGGGGCCCCUACUUGCAGAAGAAUGGACAAGUCUCCCGGCUUACUGAGUACCAGGAUAUUGAAUGCACCAAAGAGGUGCAGAUUCAGCACUGGUUCCAACACAGAAUGGACAAGCUAGACAAGAGGCAACAGAAGAUACAAGAUGGUGUCACAACAGAAUCUUUUUCUCCAGGACGUGGAGAUGCUUUGAAAGUCCAUGUGUAUCGAUCUCUGGCUCCAGAGACAGAACGCAGUAUGACAUUUUACAGUGAGGCUCGUCUGGAUGGCUUGCACAUACGAGAUGAGAAUCCUAAAGAAAUGACUGAGAUUUUCCAGGGUCGAUCAGAUUUCCUUAAAUACAAGCAUAUCCAGUUUGGGAAGAGGCCUAAAAAAGUGGCAAUUGCUGGUGGUCCAAAUGAGGCAAACCCAAGACCUAUACUGAAGAUCACAGAGCGUUUCCUUAGGAAUAAGAACAAGCCUGCAAAUGAGGAUGUGGCUGAACGUAUUUUCUUGAUAACUGAGGACCGUAUUCAGCUGCGCUGUCACCGGGAGAAUGACCAUAUAACUACCUCUUACUGGGAAUACUUGAAACCCACUAACCUUGGAGAGAAAGGAACACAUGUUGUUCUGACCCCAGAAACCUGCAUCUCUUACCAGGUGGAGCCAUCUGAAAAAUUCAACAAGCAGCUUUAUGUCUAUGAGACGCUCAUCAGCCUACAACAGGAAGAGCAAAAGUCAAAGAACCUAGUGAGGAAGUCUGAGGCAGAGGUCCUGGCGAUCCUUUCUGCUCGAGUCCAGGAAGAGGCUGAUCCUAAGCUCACAAUAUCCAUCUAUGACACAGAGAGAAAUGAAAAAAGCAAAGCGCAGAGGGAUGCUCAGGAACAUGCUAUGCAGGAGGAGCGGAAGCGCCAAGCCAUACUGGAGAUGGAUUACCUGGCACCAUUCCUAGCUCAGCUGGGUGAACCUGAAAAGCUGACCCGGCUGCAAGCACAGCAAGUAAAGGAGGAAUGUCUGAAAGACUUGAAACAAAGAUUGAUUGAGAAAGCCAAUUUGAUGCAGGCUCGCUUUGAAAAGGAAACACAGGAGCUGGAAAAGAAGCAACAGUGGUAUCAGCAGAGCCACUCAUCGAUGAAUAAGGAGGACGAGGAAAGCUACCUAGAGUACUGCUCAGAAGCCAUGUUCCGGAUAGAGAUCUUGAAGAAGCGGCUUAGCAGACACAAAGCAUUGGCACCUCAGAAGUACCUGACUUUGGAAGAACGACUCAAUAAGGACCCUCGUCUCUGUGAAUCAUUUCUAGCACCAUGAUCCCAACAUCCCAACAGGAAGUUAUUUCUUUUAAAAACACUGUGACCUGAUUUUGAUAUGAAUCAUUCGUCUAUCCAACUUUUACAAUUAACAGUUUCAUUCUAAAAUGUGUGACUCACUGCUUUGCAGAUUUGUAACAAAGUUAUUAGGAUUCCUAUGGGGAUUAUAUGAUGGUCAUACUUCCCACAGACCUCUGGGUAAUAUCUUACUGGUGUCUGGAGAGAAAAGAAAUUAACAUACAAAAUAUAAUGCAGUGUUUGGAAUGGUGUCUCAUUCUUUUGCUAUUGGUCUGUGCUUUUAUAUAUUUUACCAGAAUAGUAUUUGACGAACCAAAACAAAAUCUGAAAAUAAAUCAAAACUAAAUCUUUAUGAAAA